ACUUUUCACACGCUGUUUGCUGGGGAAAAUCGAUCUGGGAUUUGCUUCUUCAGAUUCAUUACAGAAUCCUUGUUUUCCAUUGAAUGAACAUUGUAAACCCAACAACUAUUUCCCAUUAUUUAUCUCUCAAAAGCCCCUUUAAAUGAAGAUUUUGCAGUUGGGUUUUCUGCUGACUCUAGUCUCUGGUUUCUCAGCCAUUAUCAUCUACAUCACUGGACUCUCCACUCAUUGUACGUAUCUGACACACACACACACACACACACACACACACACACACACACACACACACACACACUUAUUUGUAUUUCUGUUUUUAUAUUUUGUAGAUGGGAAUUAUCAGCUGACAGAUGAAGAUUGGCAAGCACUGCAGUCUCUGCAAAGCGGUUUUAAGAAGUGUGUGACUGAAAAUGGAUUAGGUUUACAAGCCAUAAGUGGUAAAGAUUAUUGCCAAGUAACACUAACCUAUCCUAGCGACACUGACUCCAAAUGGAAGGACCCUAAAACUGGAGAAGUUGAAGGCUUAUCAUUUGAGUUUAAUCUUUGUGAAGCAGUUGCCACAUGGGAACAGGUGAGGAAUAGUACUACAAUACUCACUAGGGAGUUCAUUGAUGCUUUACCAAAUGGUUGGGAGGAGUACGCAUGGCGGAGGAUUAAUAAAGGAGUGCUUCUGAACAACUGUAAGAAUAGAACUUUGUGCAUGGAAAAGCUUUCACUUGUCCUCCCUGAAACACCCCCUUAUGUUCCAAGGCAGUUUGGCCGGUGUGCUGUUAUAGGCAACUCUGGGGAUCUUCUCAAAACGAGGUUUGGGAAAGAGAUAGAUAGCUAUGAUGUUGUCAUUAGAGAGAAUGGUGCCCCUAUUGAGAACUAUACAGAAUAUGUGGGCAAGAAAAGUUCAUUUCGGCUUCUUAACAGAGGGUCUGCCAAAGCUCUUGAUAAAGUUGUAGAGUUAGAUGAAACAAGGCAGGAGGUCUUGAUAGUCAAAACUACAAUUCAUGACAUUAUGAACCAGAUGAUUCUGGACAUUCCAAUAAGAAAUCCUGUAUAUCUCAUGCUAGGUGCAUCCUUUGGUUCAGCUGCAAAAGGGACAGGGCUUAAGGCUCUUGAAUUUGCUCUCUCUAUAUGUGAUUCGGUGGAUAUGUAUGGUUUCACUGUGGAUCCGGGUUAUAAAGAAUGGACUAGAUAUUUCUCAGAAUCUCGGAAAGGCCACACACCUUUGCAUGGCAGGGCUUAUUACCAGAUGAUGGAGUGUUUGGGUCUAAUCAAAAUCCAUUCUCCUAUGCGGUCGGAUCCAAACCGAGCUGUGAAGUGGGUGCCAAGUCAAAGUGCUAUUAGAGCUGCUAGAAUUGCAUCAGAGAAAUUGUUGAGGAGGGUUGGAGCUGGAUCUGAAGAUCUGCUUAGUUCGUGCUCGAUAUUGAAGAAGCAAGUUAAAAGGAAACAUAUGUCGAUCUCUAGUCUCAGAAAGGCUGCUGUUGACCAUCAAAAAUUUGUGAAAGGCACAACAAUGUAUCCAUUGGAGCACAAUCCUGGACACGGUCAGCUUUGCACAGUUCCUGCUGAUUGAAUCCAAGCUAAACCUCGCUUGACCGACCUCGCCUGGAGGUAAUUGGCAAAAUCUGUGAAAUUAUUGCUUGACAUAGUUCACAGAGAAAUUAAAGGAUGAAAAAAUCGGGGGGCAAUACCGUCUACACUUCAAGCAUCUACACCAAGCAUACUGAUUUAAAAGAUUCUUUUAGGGAGUGAAUAUUCAGGCUGCACUACCUUUUAAGUUCACUUUAUUCAAAAAGCAAAGCAUAGAUUAGGAGGUCAAGUUUACGAAACUUGGUGUCCGCAUUCGUUUGUACUUUUCAGUGCUAAUAGAGUCUAACCUGUAUUGAUGAGAUCUUAUUGGAUUUUGGAAGCUGGCUACAUAAUUCCCAAGACUUACGGUUGGGUCCUAUAUCAUUCACGGUGUUCCAUGAAAAUCAAAAGAAGCAAAAGUGUGAACAUUCAUUUGGAACUCGGAAACUUCUUAGUGAGAAUGUAAGCAAAGGAAAUUUCAUUUC